GUCGUACAGUAAGCUGUCAGAAGCUUGUUGCUUAAAUCUGUGCAGUGCUACAAAGUAACGAAGAAAGGACGUUGGGCACAUACAAGGAACAACAAGCUUUAAUUCUGCAAACACAGCAAAAUUAAAAUGGGUUGUUGAGCAGACGUCUCGGGAACACUUGACACCUCGUUUUCGAUAGUUCUGCUGCCGUGUCGUCUGCCCUAGCUGGUGCGUGAUCGCUGUAUCCUCUGGGAUGAUGAGAUCACCAAUAGAAAGUGCCUUUGAGAAGAUAUCCCCAACUUGAAGUUGGUCUGUGUACAUUGCACAAGUGAACACUGGUCUGUGUCUAUGCUUUGUAUAAGGCCAGGCUCAAGCACCAACACAGGAUACCUCAGCUGCAAACCCUCUGUGACCAUUUUGCACAACUUCAGCACCUAAAAGAAUGCUUAAGUAGAGCCAUAAUAUAUAGAGCAAGACGAUGGACAAUAAUCACCUGAGAAUGACUAAAGUGACAAGUCUGCAUUAAAUCUCCCUCACGUGUCUUAUAUUUAUGGGCACCAUCAGUUGUGGAACAAACACUUGGACUUGACAUAGAAAAAAAUACAUCUGCUGUUGUUUCUCAUUGAAUCCUCAGCCAUCUGAUCUUUCUGCUUCCAGUUGAUGGAGGACUUACCAGAUUGUCUUAAAAAAGGACUUUGUACAUACAGUCAACCUACAGCUUAUAGUGUAUGAGACACUCAACAAUAAGACUGACUUUUUAGUUUUUAAUAUUUAAUGUAUGAUUAAAACCUUUGGACAUGGCGUUGAACAUUUCUUCAGUAAGAGACACAAAAUGGCUAACUCUGGAGGUCUGUCGACAGUUUCAGAGAGGAAACUGUUCUCGAAGGGAUGAAGAAUGCAAAUUUGCUCAUCCACCGAAGAGCUGCCAAGUUGAAAAUGGUCGAGUUAUUGCCUGCUUUGACUCACUUAAGGGUCGAUGCUCAAGAGAAAACUGCAAGUAUCUUCAUCCACCUUCGCACUUAAAAACCCAGUUAGAGAUAAAUGGGCGCAACAAUCUCAUCCAGCAGAAGACUGCAGCAGCUGUACUCGCCCAACAGAUGCAGCUUGUGAUCCCUGGACCUAGUCUGCAGUCUGUGGGACUUGGCACAAAUACCGGUCUUGGUUAUGGUUCAUACAUGACACCCUUGAGCCAUGGAAUGAGCCUUGUUUCCUCAGACAUCCUCCCCAGCACCCCAGUUCUUGUUCCUGGGAGCCCACCUGUCACAGUCCAGAGCUCCUCUUCCUCUUCUUCAUCUUCUUCUUCUCCCUCACAGAAGCUGCAGCGUACAGACAAACUAGAGGUUUGUCGUGAAUUUCAGCGGGGAAACUGUGCAAGAGGGGAGACAGAUUGCCGCUUUGCUCACCCCAGUGACAGUCCAAUGAUUGACACCACUGAUAACACUGUCACUGUUUGCAUGGACUAUAUCAAGAGCCGCUGCUCCAGGGAGAAGUGCAAGUAUUUCCACCCGCCUGCACACUUGCAGGCCAAAAUUAAAUCCAGUCAACAACAAGUCAGUCAGACAGCCAUCGCAGCCCAGGCCGCAGCCGCAGCCGUGACUCAGUCGACUGCCAAAGCAAUGAAGCGACCCCUCGAGGCAACUGUAGACCUGACCUUUCCUCACAGCGUCCUACAACCUGUACCAAAGAGACCCACUCUUGAGAAGAGCAGCUGGGCCAGCUCUCUCCUCAGCCCCAGUUUUUUGCACUACCAACAGGCUCUGGCCAACACACAGCUGCAGCAGCCCACUGCUGCAUUUUAUCCUACAGGUUCUGUCUUGUGCAUGACUCCUGCUAACAGUGUUGUCCCCAUGAUGUACAGUGCUACGCCUGCUACUGUCUCUGCAGCAACUACUCCUGCCACAAGUGUCCCCUACGCAGCAACAGCAACAGCCAAUCAGAUCAUCCUCAAGUAACCACCAGAAACAGGAGUCAGUGCCAUGUUGCUGCUGUUAAAGGUCCCAAUCAGCCACUCUGUAAAUACACCACACACCACAUACAACAAACUGCAUGCUGAUAACGUCACUGAUUACUUUAAUCUAUGAUAAUAAAUGACAAAAUUCAAUUUCUAGGAUUAUACUAUCUUAGAUAAAUGUCACAUGUACAUUCCUUUGCACCUGAAUUGACAUGUAUCCUCAGUUAUGAACUGAAACUGAACCAGGAAAGUCAUGGAAAUCAGACAGAAAUUUAUUCACUGAGAAUAGUAAAUGAUGUGACUUUUGUUUUGUGCAAGAAACAAGCACAACACAUCUAAUCUUAGAUGUCUGUGUGUAGACGUGUAGACAGUGCACAGUACAUGUUAAUACCAGGUGUAAAGGGGUUCUAUAUUUGAGUUAGCUAUAUAUAUAUAUAUAUAUAUAUAUAGCAACAAGUUAUUUUUUUCCUUCUUGAAUGUCUUAUAUAACCUAAGAACUUUUUUUCACAUUAAUGAUUGUUUAUCUAGUGCCAGAUUUAAUUAUUUUAAACUAACACAUAAAAAGCACUUAUUCUGACUUUAAACUUCACAUUGUAAAAAUGUAAUUUGACAGCAGGUUUAUGGAAGUUCUGGGUUUAGUCAAUCUGUGUUGUUUGCCCUUUUAUCCUGAGAGAACAGGAUCAGUGCUCCACCUCCUGGUGUGCCUUUGCAUUGCAUAUACUCUACAUUAUGUUUGUUGGUGGAAAAUUAUGUAUAUUCCAUUUACUGCAGAUAUUUUUUCUCUUAAAAGCAGUAAAGCAACAGUGGAUGAAGCUGCUAAUUUUCCCGUCUUUGUUAUCGAAAAAAAAAAAACUAACUUUGGAUCAUCCGUCUAGGUGAUUUGACUUGUUGAUGUAUCCAAGUGGUGGUUUUCACCUCUAGGGCAGGUUUCACAAAAAUAGACUUUGACUAUAUAAACUUACAACUUAUAAUAGUGAGACUUCAGUUAGUCAUCUAAAUGCAAUUGAAUUUAGAACUAAUUUUCUCUGUAAAUUAAGACCUUUAUUCAAAAUAAAAAACAUGGCCAGCCAAGUAUCUACAUCAAACCACUCAGCAGUUUGCCUUCUGGAAGAAUUUGUCAAUUGUAAGAUCUUUUACUGGGAAUAUUUAGUGAAGAGCGUAGCAAUACAACAAUCUUCUCGACAUAAAAAAAUGUCAGUGCUGUGCAGAGCUGUAGCAGAGAUGAGAUACUGUGGCUUCCUAACGUGUUUGGGUUCUGUACCUCUACUAACUUGUCUGUCAGGCUCAGUAUACUUUACUUGGGCAAACAGAAUUGACUGACAGUGUCUUUUUUGUUGUCUAUUUACAACAGAUGACUGAGGUCACUAGAACUCUUCCCCUUCUCAUUACUCACUCCACAAAAUUAUUGAUAUUAUUGAUAAAAUACAAAUAUUAAAUUAAAUGUUUUCUUCUUUUUUGUCCUUUGAAGCCACUGGUCAGCUAUUAUGUCACAAUCACCUCAAAAUUACUUGUUUGGCUUGCAUUAAAGUAAUCUUGGAGCAAAACUGAACAGAUGCUCACCAUAAAAAUCUUUUUUUUUUUUGUUUUUUUGUUUUUUUUUUUUUCCCCCCCAGAAGAGAAUACAGCGUAAUAUUCAUGAUGCUCACUGCAAAUUGUUAUUGGUGUAUGUAGAAGAAUGGUCUGAGUUCUUCUGAAUGAAUGGUUUGAAGAAACUUAGGAAAGGAGUCUUAUGUAUGGCCAGGCUAGUCCAUGUGUACUGGGCACUUGACACCAAAUAUAACUAACUUACUGGCCAAACACCACAAACCAGUCGAAUUUAUCUUUGUGAAACUGGCCCUGGGUUCAUCUUGAAGAUAGAGCAAACAAUGUUUUAAAGAGGAGCCUCCACAGCUAACAUAGUUAACUCAGUAACAGGGAUAUGGGAAUACUACUGCUCAUAUUCAAACUAAAAUUCUUGUGAUCCUAUGAAGUUUGAGUUGAGUAGUGUGCGAACUCUUGGUCUUAAUGUUACAGUCAGUUGUCAGUACUGUAUUAUUUGAAUGUUACAAGUGCCUAACAAAUUGUGCAUGCAAUGACAUCUAAGCAUAUUUAAAAGGCUUUGUGUGAAAAACCAUUCAAUUAAAUCUACUCAAUUUAUAAGUUGCACUUAGAAAGAAAUGUUUAGCAAUGCCAUGUCAGUGCAUUAGUAUUUCGUGUAUGCCUGUUUAGAUUUAGUCUUAGAAUUAAUUUUCACUUGUGAAAUUCACUCAAAUUUGUACGUACUGUAUGCACUAUAUAGAAUGACUAUCCAGUUUAGUUUUAUUUUUGUUCCAUAUUUAAGAUAACUAAAUAGUUUCUGACAAUGUUUCCUAAUUAGUUAAAUGCACAGUAAAAUACUUUAUGUAGUUACGUAGAUGUCACGGAAAUAGACUCUUUGGUGAAGACUAGUUGUGUAAGAUUGAUACCACAAUAUGCAAUUACCUGUCUGUGUUUGAAACGUAGAGCAGACAGAGUGGGCUUUGUGUCUGGUUAAGUAAAAAACAAAACAGAUGUUAAAUAUACUUUUCACUCAUAAGUAAUGUUCCUCUGAACAUCUUUUAUAUAGUUUUAGUUUUGCAGUGUGUGAAAAUAUCAGCCCUUCCUUUAAUGUUUCUGAUCUGUCAUUUCAAGUGCGUGUGUACACACGUGUGUGUGAUUAACUCAGACAAUCCACCAAGAGAUGUCACAUUUGUUAACAUUUUCAUUAUGUAUUUUUGUUGUGAAAAUUUUUACACAUUAUUGAGUGGAAUAUAUGGAGUAUACUUGCAUAUUUUACUAGUUUAACUUUAACUAGCUAUAUGAACAUGUUUAAAAUGUAUUCUCUUCUAUUUUACAAUGAAUGUAAUUUAUUAAACUGACUUUAGCUCUGCUGGAGGUUCCUCAAAGGGCCUUGACCUUUUGUUUUAGCCUAUGAAAAGCCGUCUGUGUCGAGGGAUCAAAUGUUGGAGCAAAGAGAAGCUUAAAACAUUUCAUCCUUGUCACUGCCUUGUCACCUGUAAGGGACAACAAAACCAUUGUAUGAGCAAGGCCAUAGAAUUACUUUUUAUGUACAAAAGUUUAUUGUACAGGCCACAUUUUGCAGAAAUUUUAAGUUUUAAUUUUAAGAACAGUGUAUGGUUUGUCAUUUUAACUGUUUUGAUUUGUUGCUGAGGCAGUCUGAAGUUGCAGUGAUUAAAAACUGUAUUUUUGUAGGUGAUUUUUUUGUAGGUGUGUUCCUUCUCACAAUAACACAUUAGACCUUUACUGUCAGAUAUUUGACUUUAUUAUGCCAUGGUGAAACACUGUAAGUGAUCCAGUGCAUAAAAUAGUAAAUAAUUCCCACUGCAUGUUAACAGCUUGCAACAAAAAUAUAGUCCUGAACUCUCAAAAGUCAAAAAGUCACUUGAUGGUUCUGUGGCUGUUUUAACGCUUCUUUUUUUUUCAUGAUUGCUUUUAAAGUUUAGCUUGUUAGAGGAUACUUUUCCCUAAUUUAUUAUACCUGCAAAUAAAAGGUUUCUGAAUGUUUGUUUCACCUUUUGGCAAAAAGCUUGAAUGUCAUGUCUACACCUGCACAAGGAGGUCAUUUGAGAUUUUGACCACCCAGUCAAGAACAAAUGGACAGUAAGAAUGUUUGGUGUGACUGACUGAUGGAAACAUUUCUCUUUAGCACUUUCUCAACAGUCAGACGACUGAGAAGACCUGCUUUUAUGUGAACUUUGCCUUAUCUUUGAUCUGUUCCCAAGUUGGCAUUUGUUCAGUAAUUAUAAAUUCAACAAUGUCUACUAACUAAAACUGAUUUUCAGUCAACCAUUUUGUGAAAUUGUUGCUAUCUAAUUUUAAUUUUUUUUUUUUUUUGACAGAUUGUAAAACAAACCCAAACACUAUACCCUUAAAGGCUUGAUGCUCAUAAAACUAACUUACACUUAGAAAUAAUUAUAUUAAAAUUUAACAGACUUCUGAUUAAGCUGUCAUGCCAGUGCCAUUUGGUUCCCUUCUGGCCUGAAUAUAAACGUUCCCUCAUUCUUUUGAAAACUAUUUGUGAAAAUAAUUCUAUUUGUGCAUAAUUAAACAUUUCAUGUUGAUAGCUUUGUUCCUGUAAAUUUAAAAUUGUGUAAAAUCUAAUAUUGCAAAUAAAUAAAUGUCAAGUAAAUACCA